AAUAGGUUUGGCAACAUAAGUGUCAGACUCCGAUCUCUAGCAGACAGUAAUUUAAAAUUUCAGAUGCCAUGCUGCUCCGUAGUCGGUAGUAGGUUGAUAAUGUCGUCAACACAAGAUUUUAACGUCUAUGUUGGGGCUGAAACGGGGUUGUUUAAAGGUGUAAAUUUCAACAAUCACCAAACCAUAACGAAAAACCUGAACAGUUUACAGUCGCUGGAUCGCCAACAAGAAAUAACAUGUAUGGCGUGGGGAAAUGACGAAGAAACCGAAAUAUUAAUGGGUCUUAGAAGCCAAAAGGUUAAGAUAUAUGACACAGAAUUUAAAGGCUUCUCUGGUUGUGUGGAAACACCAUUUGGUAAAGGACCUUUACGUGGAGUAGGAAAGUUUAAUGAUUCCAUUAUCACAGCUUCUGAAAGUGGAGAUGUCAAGCUUUGGAAAUUCAAGGCAAGUCAGCAGAUUGAAUUUCAUGCACUAACUGCUGGGGAAAGUCUAUCACGUAUGCGUGUCUCACCCUACAACAAAAACAUAGUUGGCACAGGGGGUAAAAAGAAUGACCUUCAGCUUUGGGAUGUGGAGAAUGCUCAGCACCCUGUAUUUAAAGCAAAAAAUGUCAGAAAUGAUUUUCUGGACAUGCCAGUCCCUGUAUGGGUUAGUGAUCUUGCAUUUGUGCCCAAUUCUGAACAAGUAGCUACGUGCUCAAGACAUGGACAUGUGCGGCUCUACGAUCCAAAGUCGCGUGGCCGUCGCCCUGUUAUCAGCUGUAUUCCGGAGGCAGAAGAAGCCUGGACAUGUAUAAGCAUAGCUUCGAGAUCCAACCAAGUUCUUGUCGGUAGUGGAAAAGGAAGAAUGUUGCUGUAUGAUUUCCGCCAACAAAAAGUUGUUCACGCGUACCGCGGAUUUACAGGGGCAAUUCGACAGAUAGUGUGCCAUCCUACCAAACCGCUAGUUGUUAGUGUUGGACUUGAUCGUUUCGUCCGCUUGCACCAUUUAGAUCGACAAACACCUCUUCAAAAAGCAUACUUGAAAUCAAGAUUAAAUGCUGUAUUGAUGCGUCAAGAUUUUGGAGUACUAGCUGAUCAAGAUGUAGAUCUUAAUGAGGAAAUAGUUGACACUGAAAAAGAUACACUUUGGAAUACCAUGGAAGUAAUCAAGGAUCGAACAUUUACCGAAACUGAAGACAUAGUGGACAAAGAAGUGGAUGCAACACCGACCAAAAACAAUGGUAGUUCAAGGAAAAAAAGGAAAACAUUACCCUAAUUCUUUUGGGACCGUAUGACAUGACUUUUAAAUGAAUAAACCUAAAGCUUGUAACAAA